AUGUCCACCCACGAGAUUCACCAGGCGAGCUCCUUUGGAGAUUCCCAUGCAUAUCAAAUGCAACAGACAAUCCUAUCAUCUUUGGUCCACGCUGACGACCAACAUCCUGAUGUCUACAACACUCCGGACGGCUACAACAUCACCAAGGAUGAUCUCAUCAGUCUUCCCGGUGAUCUCCGCGGCUGUCGUUGCAUGAAUAUGUGGAUUGAGAUGUGGACCGUCCCGGUACAUCCCGUCGUGAAGUUCAACUCAUCCGCCCCUAAGGAAAUCCCUAACCACGCUAUGCUUCGAUUUGAUUUCGUAAAUCUGCAUGGUCGUCACUGCGGAAUCCGCAUCGGAGUCCUUCCGGACUGGGAUCUCGAGGAGCCUUUGGUGGUUACCCACGAGGGUUUUCUUUUGCCUGGGAAGCUCGUCGCCAUGCCUAUGACCAAGGAAGACAUUCGUCUGAGCGAAGCCCGCUCCUACGUGUUCCCGCUGAAGAUCGAACAGACGGUCACCGACAUCCUGCAGUUCAUUAUGAGCAAGCAGCUCGGCUCCUUCGACUUUCUUGCCAGAGACUUGCUCUGGGGAGGUAAUGAUUUCGUCAUGCAAACCUUCCAUCAGCUCGUUGCCGGCGGAUACAUCUCUCCCUACAUCGAGUACGCCCAUCCGUUCGACGAUUGGAACCAGUAUAUCUCAACCGGCUAUAUGGCCUUGGCAACGCACGUUACUGCAGACAAUCUCACGUUCCCCACCAAGGUCUUCAAGGGCCGCUUCCGCUUCUACCAUCGAAUCCAACUCCCCUGGAUGUGUUACUGAGUAUGGAUUGCUGGGGCGUGAGGUAUCGUACUCUCAUAUUCGUUGCCGUUCAUGGAAGGCUUGAGGACGUUGCUCGACGGAUGCGAAUUACAUUUUACGGCAUGCAGACGCGAUAAAUCAGCUUCGCAAUUGUCUCUGCCGACUGUUUCUUUCUUCUUUCUUUUUUCCCCUUUUAUUUCAUUCGAUCAUAUCGGAAUUGGGAUGAUGCCCAUACAACUCUCCUACGAUACGAAUUCGAGGCAAGGUCUGAGAUAUUUGCCGUUGGUAGGGGCAGGUUGAUGCCAAGGGGACGUUUCCUGCGGUUAUUCUAACUUAAGAAACCGUGGCCACAAUUGCGCUGGCCUGUACUUCAUUUAGUACUUCAUAGGGA